AUGCAGCCCUGGUGUUGGACGCCAGCCGGCUGGCAGGAACCCCGGGACCUCCGCGCGCUGCUCCUGGUCCUGCUGCUGCAGCUGCUGUCGCCGCAGCGGGCGGGCUGCUCACUUGCAGACGAGCCACCAGGGGCGCCACUCCCCACUGCCUCGGCCGAAAAAGGCCCCACCAAUGCCCCCAGCACCUCCAAGCCCCCCAGCACCUCCAAGCCCACAGACGGGACUCACCAUUCAUCGCAGGGCCCGACCACCCGGUCGGCGACCGCUUCCAGCACCACACCCCAGGUGCUGCCGCCAAUCUGUGGCUUCUCCUAUGAACAGGACCCCACUCUUAGGGACCCAGAAGCCAUGACUCAGCGGUGGCCAUGGAUGGUCAGUGUGCGGGCUGAUGGCAUACAUGUCUGUGCGGGCACCCUCAUUGCCUCCCGAUGGGUCCUGGCUGUGGCCCACUGCUUAACUCAGCAUGUUAACUAUACCGUGAUGGUGGGGAGUCCUUGGAUUGACCGGGUGACACCCAGUAGCUCCAACAUCCUGGUGCUCCAGGUCAUCUUGAACAGAAGGUUCCGGCCCCAGCGGUACUGGUCCUGGACUGGCCGGGCCAACAACAUAGGCCUCCUCAAGCUCCAGAAGAGGCUCAAGUACAACAAGUAUGUCAGGCCCAUCUGCCUGCCUGGCCUGGACUACGUGCUGGAGGACAAUUCCAUCUGCACCGUGACGGGCUGGGGCUAUCCCAAGGUUAACGGUGUGUGGCCCCAGUUCCAGACAAUUCAGGAGAAGGAAGUUGUCAUCCUGAACAGCAAGGAGUGCGAUGACUUCUACCACAGGUUCUCCGGAAUCACCUCUCUGGUUCAAAUCAUCAACUCCCAGAUGAUCUGUGUCAAGGAUGGUGGCAGAGAGCAGUUCUGCUAUGAGGAAACUGGUGAACCCUUGGUGUGCUCUUUGGAGGGCACGUGGUACCUGGUGGGAAUGAUGAGCUGGGGGGCAGGCUGCAAGAAGAGCGAGGCCCCACCCAUCUUCCUGAAAGUCUCCGCCUACCAGACCUGGAUUUGGGACAACCUCAUUGGGAAGUCCCUGGCCCUGCCUGCCCCAUCCAGAGCCCUGCUGCUGGCUCUGCCGCUGCCCCUCAGCCUCCUUGCCACUCUGUGACACUGUGUGCCUCCCCUGGGUGCACCCCCUGCCCAGGCCCUUUCCUCCCCCACUCUCAGUCCCCAAGGCAGA